CCGGCCCAGACUGCAGCAACGUGGUGUCGGAAAUCUUGGGUGGUCAGGAGCCUGAGUGCCUCCUGGAUGCAUUUUGAGAUCAGCCGCACUCACGACAAAUCAUUGACCACACUUUAUGACGCCCUAGACGACACCUGGCACGCGACUCUCAGGGUGCGACAGCCGUUGUAUUCACCAUUGGAUAUCCGUAUCACGCGAGCAAGAACUGUCUCCGGCGACCGGGUCCCACACGGCGCUCCAAUGCCCGGCUAGACACUGUCGACAAAAGCCUAGCAAACGACGAAUUCGCGGUCGACUUGGCCGCGAGCACAUCCGUGCCCCGCACGCACACUCCUGGUGUCAAGGCGCUUCGUAUCCCGACCGUGCGGCGCAGCAGCAUUGCCAGUUGCACGCGAUGCGAUUGUUGAAUCUCUCGCUGCUAUUUGGCGCGGCCGCGCUGGCCGUCGCCGACUCCUCAGAUCUGGACGCGGACGAGGAUGCGCCGCGGGAGGCCACGUAUUUCAAUGGGAAAAAGGUUCCCCCAAUGCUCGAAUUGACACCAGACAACUGGGAGCAGGAGUCCAGGGCGUCUAAGUACUUGCUGGUCAAGCAUUACAGCCCGUACUGCCCGCACUGCAUCGAUUACGCUCCGACGUUCCAGACGUUGUACGAGUUCUACUACACUUCCUCACCAGCCGGGAACGCGCCCAAAGAUGCCGAUUUCACAAAGUUUUAUGAUUUCCGAUUUGGAGACAUCAACUGCGUCGCAUAUAAUGACCUCUGCGCCAGCCAUAAAGUGGCUUCAUGGCCGACAACUACCCUAUACGAGGAUGGCGAGCCAGUCGUGACCCUCAAGGGCGUCAAGAGCAUGGCCGUCCUUAGCCGCGCGGUGGAAGAGGCGCUGGCCAAGGCGAAGCCAGGCACGCGCCCGGCGACAAUCGAGCUGCCGGAGCCGGGCGACAAGUCAUCCCCCGAGCCAAAGAGUGAGCCCGCCGAUGAAGCGGCUUCUGAAGCGAAGGCCUCUCCAGAGGAUACAAGCAAGUCGUCAGCAGAAUCGCAGAGCGGAGGGAAGGCCGAGGCGGCUGGGAAGACAUCCGACUCGCCUGUCAAGGCCGGAGAACCAGCCAAAUCGCAGUGGGUGCCGCCCCCGUUCCAGCCGCCCGCUCAGAAGAAGAUCGAGCCGAGGACGAUGCCAAAUCCGAACGGCGUCUCUGUACCCCUGACAGCCGAGACUUUCCGGACCCUCGUGACUAAGACGCAGGAGCCCUGGUUCAUCAAGUUCUACGCCCCAUGGUGCCACCACUGCCUGAAGAUGGCUCCGAACUGGGAGCAGCUAGCGAAGGAGAUGAAGGGUCGGCUCAACAUAGGCGAAGUUAACUGCGACGCCGAGCCCCAACUCUGCAAGAGCGCCAAUCUUCACGGUUACCCGACCAUCCUGUUCUUCCGGGGUGGCGAGCGCGUCGAGUACCAGGGGCUCCGCGGCUUGGGUGACUUCGUCCACUAUGCCGAGAAGGCGAUUGAGCUCGCGAAUGGCAUCCCCGAUGUCGACGCCGAGUCGUUCAAGGCUCUCGAGGAGAAAGAGGACGUCAUCUUCCUCUACUUCUACGACCAUGCCACGACCAGCGAGGACUUCAUGGCCCUUGAGCGCCUGCCCCUCAACCUGAUUGGGCGCGCAAAGCUGGUCCGGACGAGGGACCCCAAGCUGUACGACCGGUUCAAGAUCACCACGUGGCCGCGUUUGCUCGUGUCGCGCGAAGGACGUCCUACGUACUACCCGCCGCUGUCUCCCAGGGAGAUGCGCGACACGAACCUGUUGCUGAACUGGAUGAAGUCGGUCUGGCUGCCGCUUGUGCCGGAACUGAGCGCCACCAACGCGCGCGAGAUUAUGGACGGCAAGAUUGUGGUCCUCGGUGUCCUGAACCGAGGAAACGAGGAUUCGUUCAAUAGCGCCAUCCGCGAGAUGAAGAGCGCGGCGAACGAGUGGAUGGAUAAGCAGAUCCAGCUCUUCCAGCUCGAGCGGCAGGAACUGCGCGACGCCAAGCAGCUGCGCAUCGAGGAGGCCCAGGACCGCGGCGACGAGCGGGCGCUGCGCAAUGCCAAGAAUAUCAGGAUCAACAUGGACCGGUCCUCCCGCAAAGAGGUCACUUUUGCGUGGGUCGACGGCGCCUUCUGGCAGCGUUGGAUCCGCACCACGUACGGUAUUGACGCGAAGGACGGUGAGAGGGUGAUUAUCAAUGACGAGGAUAACCGGCGCUACUGGGACCAGACCAGCACUGGCAACCCCAUCGUCCCCUCCCGGACAUCCAUUCUCGAGACGCUGACCAAAGUCACGGUCAACCCGCCCAAGAUCAAGCCGAAGCUCACCAUCGGCUUCAUCGAGAAGAUCUUCUUCGACAUCAAGACCAACUUCAGGGAGCACCCGUACCUCAGCUUCGGCUGCGUGUUCGGCAUCGCCUUUGGCUGCCUGUCCUGGUUCCGGGGCAGCUUCGGCAACCUUCUUAUUCCCGUCCUCUCCUGGCUCAAGGCCAAGUCGGACAAGUUGAACCUGGGCAAACUCAGGCGGGCAAGGGGCCACUUCAAGCUUGAGGAUGGCGCGAAGGAGCACAAGGCCCCGCUAAUGGGAGGAGGGGCCGCCAACGGCAGCAAGGUGGAUUAAUGCCGUUCAGGAUGAGCAAG